CAUCAUCUUCUCCGUCCCAAAACAUCCAAUUCGAGUCGCAGCAAAAACAACUUCACUGAUCUUACCGAUCCAUCCCGGCCACUUCAUCGGUCUCUGAUCUCUCUCUCUCGUUUUUUGGGUUUCUUUCCAUUCGUGCAUUGCUAUAAUAUACAAUCAGUACCAUGGCUGCAACAUUAUCUUGGUCGUCUUCACCUUUGCUGUCAUCCCAGAACGCCAAGAGUUCAAAUAAAGCUGCAGGCCGUACCAAUUAUAUUGUGCCAUGUGCUGCUGCCUUCCCAUGUUCAAUGAAAAAUGGCAGCAGGAGACCGUUUAGGUUGUCGUACUCUGCAGUGAAAGCUGAGGCUGGCGGCGGCGAUAACAAGGACGCGUCUGUGGACGUGCAGCAUGUGAAUCAGGGCGACCAAGCUGGGACCUCGGUGGAGAAGAUCAGGCCUAGGCGCUUGGCUUUUGAUGUCUUACGGCCUUUUGGUCUAUUGGACCCAUUGAGCCCAAUGAGGACCAUGCAGCAAAUGCUAGACACAAUGGACCGUGUGUUCGAGGAUGCGAUGACAUUCCCCGGCAGGAAUCGAACAGCAGCAGAAGUGCGAGCGCCUUGGGACAUCCAAGACGAUGAGCACGAGAUCAAGAUGCGGUUCGACAUGCCUGGGCUUGCCAAGGAGGAUGUCAAGGUGUCGGUUGAGGACGAUGUUCUUGUUAUCAAAGGAGAGCGCAAGCAGGAAGAUGGAAGCAGUAAGGGAGAUCAUGACGACUCUUGGUCUCGUCGGAGUUUCAGCUCCUACGAGACACGUCUCCAGCUUCCUGAUAAUUGCGAGAAGGAUAAGAUCAAGGCAGAACUCAAGAAUGGAGUUCUUUAUAUUGCCAUUCCCAAGACCAAAGUGGAACGCAAGGUCGUUGACGUGGAAAUUCAGUGAAACCCAUGGGUGUCGUGUGUCUCUGAGUUUGUUAUGACAUUUGCUUGUACUUGGGUUUUCAUGAGUUUUGUGCUUCCUUUCGAAUUUUCCCCACUUUUUUUUUUUGUUCUUCGCCUUUGAUCUUGGUAAGGUGUGAUGGUCAUAGUACUCUUGUAUCUGUACAUGUAUAACUAUCGUAUAUAAUAUAUUUCUCUUCAAAUUAAUUGGUA